AUUGAGAUUUUCAAUUCAGUCCAUUUUGACGUUAACGCAGAUUUUUUCAUAAUUUUUUUUAGCAGAAUGGUUUUCACUGAUCUUGACAAGGCCACCGGUCUCACCGCCCUCAACACCUUCCUCGCCGACAAGAGCUACAUCGAAGGCUUUGCCGCCUCGCAGGCCGAUGCUGCCGUCUUCGCCGCCGUCGCCGCCGCCCCCGACGCCAAGUUCGAGCACGCUGCUCGCUGGUACAAGCACAUUGCCUCGUACGACGCCAGCACUCUGCCCGGCGACAAGGCCAAGGCUGCCGCUCUUGUUGUUGUGAGCGCUGCUGCCCCCGCGAAGGCUGCUGCUGCUGCUGCUGCUGCCCCCGCCGACGAGGACGACAUUGACCUGUUCGGCGACGAGGAGGAGGAAGACGAGGAGACCAAGAAGAUCAAGGAGGCUCGCGUUGCCGAGUACCAGGCCAAGAAGGGCAACAAGCCCGUCCUGAUUGCCAAGUCCAGCAUUCUGCUCGACAUCAAGCCCUGGGACGACGAGACCGACAUGGUUGAGAUUGAGCGCCUCGUCCGCACCAUCGAGAUGGACGGCCUUGUUUGGGGCCAGGCCAAGCUCAUCCCCAUCGGCUACGGCAUCAAGAAGCUCCAGAUCAACUGCGUCGUCGAGGACGACAAGGUCGGCACUGACAUUCUUGAGGAGAAGAUCACCGAGUUCGAGGACCACGUCCAGUCCGUCGACGUUGCUGCCUUCAACAAGAUUUAAGCGCGCGCAACUCAGUAGUACAAAAAUCACAGAAUAAAAAACACACAUGCAUUACUUUAUGUUUCUCCCCCAUCCAUUGUUUUUGAACAAUUUCUGUUCUAGUAAACGUUGAUUUUCAUUUU